AUGGAUGGCCAAGUUUUUGUCCCGGAAAUCUUUGAGGAUAUGAAACUAAUUUCUCAGAUUUCCCAGAGGCACUUAUCACUGGAUAAACUAAAUGAUGCCCUACAAGUUCAAGUCUCUUAUAUUCUGGUGGUGUGUGAUGAGAUAAACCAUCUUCAAAAUUGCCCAAGUGUAAGCAUUUCCUGUUCAAACUUAACUGCAGAGAUGGAUCUCCAGCAGGAAAACGACUCAGAACUGAAUCUGGCAAAGGACUCCAGGAGACAGCAAAGGAAGGAUUCUCCAUCACCUACAGAGAAGCUCGUGGUUGGGAUCCUGGGGUUCAUCUGCUUUAUCUUGAUGUUCACUAUAGUAAGAGUGAUGCUACUAACUUUCUGUUUUGUAAAACUGGAGAGGGGCAUUUUGUCUACAGUAGGAAGGCUUUCUUCAGCAUCUCGUUGUGGUCGAUGUCCACCGGAGUGGUUAAUGUAUUCCAACAAUUGCUACUACAUCAGUACUGAACAAAAGACAUGGAAUGAGAGCCGGGUGGCCUGUGCUUCUAAGAACUCUGUCCUGCUCUAUGUAGAUGAUAAAGGAGAAAUGAACUUUUUGAACAUUUUCGGAAAAGCUCCAUGGAUUGUACUUUCACAGAAAAAUAAUAUUUCCUGGGUGUGGAAAAAUGCCUCAACAUUCCUUUUCAAAAAAUUUCCAAAAACUUCAGAGUUGGGCAAGAGUUGUGCAUAUGGAAAUUUUGACCCAGAGAAGUUCUCUUUCGCAUCUUGUUUAGAAAACAGAUCGUAUGUUUGUAAGCACCAGGCACCUUAG